AUGCGCGCAUUGCUAUAUAUAGGAGCAUUGGGAGUGCUCCCACCGCUAUGUACUGGCCAUCCACAACACGGGCCAGUCCGGAGCUUUGUGGAUCUCAACCACUUCCGCUUGACACCAAGAGCCACUUACGUGGACUCCUCCACUAUCUCCAACCUCGCGCUGCAGUAUCCCUCCCUUGGGCAGGAAGACUAUGUUGAAACAGCUACAAGGCUUGUUCGAAGCCUCUCGCCAGGAACAAGCUUUCGAAUCAUCAACAACCAUUAUAUCGGAGACAACGGAGUCGGGCAUGUGUACUUCCGUCAGACCCUGCAUGGAAUCGACACUGAGAACGCUGAUUGCAAUGUGAACAUUGGCAAAAACGGGGAGAUCAUUUCCUAUGGGAGUUCCUUCUUUGCGGGCAACUUCCCAGCGGGUGAUCCGAUAGCACAGUCAAAUCUCUCAGACCCGAUUCUUGCUCUUCAACGAGUAGUGGACAUUUUGCAUCUUCCUAUUACAGUUGACACGGUCAGAACAAAACCAGUCACACAAAACAACACCUACAUUCUCCAAGGAACCGCAGGCGCAGUCUCAGAUCCAACCGCUAACCUCGUGUACCUAGUCACCCCAAACAACACGCUCACCUUGACCUGGCGAGUUGAGACAGACGUGCAAAAUCACUGGCUCAUCACAUUCAUCGACGCAGCAACCAGCACCACAAUCCACGGAGUAAUCGACUACGUCUCCGAGGCAUCCUACCAAGUCUACCCAUGGGGCAUCAACGACCCCACGGACGGCACGCGCAUCAUCGUCACCAACCCAUGGGACCUCGCCUCCUCCCCGUACACCUGGCACAGCGACGGGCUCGCCAACUACACCAGCACGCGAGGCAACAACGCGAUCGCGCAGUGGAACCCCAGCGGCGGGCGGCCCUACCGCAACAACUACCGGCCGUCAGCCCCGACCCUGGAAUUCCACUACCCCUACGCCCCGAACCAGACCUACCCGGCGGCCUACCUCAACGCCUCGAUCACGCAGCUCUUCUACACCGUCAACGCCUACCACGACCUGUUGUACCAGCUCGGCUUCACCGAAGCCGCGGGCAACUUCGAGUUCAACAACGGCGGCCGGGGCGGCCGGUCCCACGACUACGUGAUCCUCAACGCGCAGGACGGCUCCGGCACCGACAACGCCAACUUCGCCGCGCCGCCCGACGGGAUCCCCGGCCGCAUGAGCAUGUUCCUGUGGGUUGAGCCCGGGUCCGCGACGGAUGUCAUCCGAGACGGGAGCUUCGACUCCGGGAUCGUGAUCCACGAGUAUACCCAUGGUUUAUCAACCCGGUUGACCGGCGGGCCCCACAACGCCGGCUGCCUCAGCACCCUCGAAUCCGCCGGCAUGGGCGAAGGCUGGGGCGACUUCAUGGCCACCGCCAUCCGCGUGAAGCCGGCAGACUCGCGCAACACCUCGUACGCCGUGGGCGCCUGGGCCCAGGCCACCAAGUCCGGGGUGCGCGCGUACCCGUACUCGACCUCCUUGCGCGAGAACCCGCUGCUGUAUACCCAUGUCAAUGAGUUCGAGGGCGUGCAUGCCAUUGGAACAAUGGAUGGGAGGUAUUUGAGCUUGAAGUUGGUGGUGGAUGGGAUGGCUUUACAACCGUGUAAUCCGACCUUUGUACAAGCGCGUGAUGCGAUCCUGGACGCAGAUGUGGCGCUUACUGGGGGCAAGAAUCGGUGUGAGAUUUGGAGGGGGUUUGCGAAGAGAGGAUUGGGGUCUGGGGCGAGGUAUCGUCGGUUCAGGAGGGUGGGGAGUACGACUAUCCCUCCUGGGGUGUGUCAAGAUUGA